CAUUAUGGGCAGAUGGAACAAGAAUAGUUUCAAAGGUACUGCAGAUGCUGAAUUGGUCAGGGGAUUGGUGAUAAAGAAGUGUGCAAAGCUUCUUCUCUAUGCUUUCAGGUAGGAUUGUGCACGAAUCCUACAAAUUUCUCAACUCGAACAAAAAAUCAAAUUAAAAAUAUAAGUUGAUUAUUUAUAAUAGUAGAUUAAUUUUAUUUUAAAUUGUAUAUUAUUUAAAAAUGUUGUUGCAAAUAAAUUAAUAAAAUAGUUGGAUAUGAUAUAAAACUGUGGCAUAACGUUAAUUUUUUAAAAAAUAAAGAAUAUAAUCGGCGGGUUCCGUUCUAUGCUCAAGAGGUGUUUUGUUUUUCUUGAACCGUGAUCUGAGGGUUUCGAACCGGAAUUGCUGGAUUAUGAACUCUCUAGAUUAAAAAAAAAUAAAAAAAUCGUGGCUACCUCUAGAAAAAAGCAGCAAAUGUUUUAGGGCUGGAGUAUUAAAUUAAGCAGCAUAUGACAAAACGAUUCCGUUUAAUGCGAUUCACGUCGUUGUAAAUUAGGGAGACAGACCCAAGAAGUAUAUUCCCUGGAAUUGACCGUUCCAAUUUCAUUAUUCUAUAUUUUAUUUCUUUCCUUUCCUUUCCGACUGUCCGGAAUCUAUACGUUUUCUUGGUUACAAAAUCUUCGUCGACAAGCGAUUGUUUCGUAAACAAAAUUACAGGUUGCGCCGAUUAGAAGAAUUAUUGCUGGCACAAUAGACCUGAUGAUCCAAUGGAUCACAAACAGAAGCAGCAGCACAUUGCAAUUUUCACUACCGCAAGCCUUCCAUGGUUGACUGGAACGGCUGUCAACCCUUUGUUUCGUGCUGCAUAUCUUGCGAAAGAUGGAGAAAGAAAAGUCACUUUGGUCAUUCCUUGGCUGUCUUUGAAACAUCAGAAGCUAGUUUAUCCUAGAAACAUAACAUUCACUUCACCUUCAGAGCAGGAAGCAUAUGUCCGUCAAUGGCUUCAGGAGAGAAUUUCAUUUCAAUGUGGUUUUAAAAUAUGCUGCUAUCCCGGAAAGUUUGCCAAAGACAAAGGAAGCAUUCUUCCAGUUGGAGAUAUCACUGAUGUCAUCUCUGAUGAAGAGGCAGAUAUAGCUGUACUUGAAGAGCCUGAGCAUCUAACAUGGUUCCACCAUGGGAAGAGAUGGAAAAUUAAAUUCCGCCUGGUGAUAGGAAUCAUACACACCAAUUAUUUGGCAUAUGUGAAGAGGGAGAAGAAUGGUCGAUUAAAAGCAUUACUUCUCAGAUAUGUAAAUGGCUGGGUUGUUGGCAUAUACUGCCAUAAGGUAAUUAGGUUAUCUGCUGCCACCCAGGAUUAUACUAAAUCCAUCAUCUGCAAUGUGCAUGGUGUGAAUCCUAAGUUUCUUGAGAUUGGGAAGAAAAAGCUAGAACAGCAGAAAAAUGGGGAACAGCCGUUCUCAAAAGGUGCUUACUACAUUGGGAAAAUGGUAUGGAGCAAAGGUUACAAGGAACUUCUUAAACUGCUUCAUGAUCACCAAAAGGAGCUGGCUGGGCUUGAAGUAGAUUUAUAUGGCAGCGGAGAGGACUCCGAUCAAGUUCAGGAAGCUGUCAAAAAGUUGGAUUUGUUGGUUAGAGUCAACCCUGGGUGUGAUCACGCCAGUCUGGUGUUCCAUGAUUAUAAAGUUUUCCUGAAUCCAAGCACCACGGAUGUGGUUUGCACAACCACAGCUGAAGCAUUAGCAAUGGGGAAAAUUGUCAUAUGUGCCAACCACACCUCAAAUGAUUUUUUCAAGCAGUUCCCAAAUUGCAGAACUUACGAUAAUAGCAAGGGAUUUAUUGAGGUUACAUGUAAAGCUUUAGCCGAACAACCCGCUGAGUUGACGGAUGAAGAAAGGUAUAAACUAUCAUGGGAGGCUGCCACAGAACGGUUUCUAAGAGUUGCUGAGUUGGACAAAGCAUCUGCAAAGAAAGUGGCAAAAAUUUCAUCUAAGAGCUUUGCUUCCACAUCUUUAAGUUUUAAAAAGAACAUGGAGGAUGCGUCUGCAUAUAUUCAUUACGUUGCUUCUGGGUUUGAAGUGUCGAGAAGAGCUUUUGGGGCAAUUCCAGGGAGCUUGCAACCAGAUGAAGAGCAAUGCAAGGAGCUUGGGCUAACCAUUCCUGCCGAAGAAGGAAGCUCAAGACAUUGAUCUUAUGAUUUAGUUGGUGACCAAUGUGUUAACAAAGGGCAAAGAGGUACAUGCCAUUGUAUUAUGCUUUCUUUUUUUCUGUGAAUUUUGACCAAAUUGUGCUUAGCAGCACUGUAGAAAUAGCGACGUGCAGUUUUAGCUUAACGGCAGAAUGCAUCAGUAUUUAUUUCUUCCUGUUACAUUGUUGUAGGUUUUUUCUUUUAGCUUCAUUUGUUUGAGUUGUUGAGCUGUAUUGGUUAGUUUUAAACUGUAAAUCUUAAUAGUUAUUGCCGAUUAUAUCUUGGAAAUUGUUAAA